CAUGGCACCGCGAGCUCCUCCUGGUGACAUCACAGCGCGCGCGCUCCCUCACACCUGGCAUUCUUACCUUCGACGCGACAGGCAGAGAACAGACAGCUAAAGCGCUCCGGUGUUUUAAAGCUCCUAAUUUGGUGACAGUGGCUGCAUUACUGUAGCCACAAACGCUACAGACUCUUUGCUUUAGUUAUUUUUUUGUUAUUUUAGUUAUUUUUUUCAAACGACAAUACAGGGCACUUUGACAGGUGGAGGAGAAGACAUUCCAAAUUUCACAACCUUCUACUUGGGGUGGACCUAAGCCUCCGUUGAUCAGAUCUUUCAAUGGCACUAACAUUGAACUUGAGCGGGCCUGCUCCAUGGGGCUUCCGAAUAAAUGGAGGAAGAGACUUCAAAACGGCCAUUACCGUGUCAAAGGUCAAUGCAGGCAGCAAAGCAGAGCAAGCAAACCUGAAAGCCGGCGAUAUCAUCCUGGAAAUCAAUGGUGAAAACACAGAGGACAUGCUGAAUGUGGAGGCCCAGAACAAAAUCAAGAAAUCCAAGACCACUCUGCAGCUGGUGGUGGAGAGACCUGAACCUCCCAGCCCUCAACAGUCCAACGGCAUCAGCACACCUGAACAGCUAACUGGACGCUUCCAGGAGGCAGUCAUAGUGAGUCGUGACGAGAACCAGAACUAUAGAGAAUAUAAAAUCUCCAGUCCCACGUCAAUGUCCCCAGGACCCUAUUCAUCAUAUUCUACUGCCAGCCCCGACAGAAGAGGGGAAAGACUGACACCAACCUUAAAUAAGAGUGUGCAGCUGCGCUCAUGGUCACCAGAGGAAAAAAAUAACCGUGUCUCCAGGCCACAGUCUCAGGAGUUCUUUCCUUCAGACUUCAGGCAACCCUCUGGGUCCAGCAGGACCCCAACCCCUCCAGAGCGCUACUCACCUCAUAGCCCCACUGAUCGAGAUGUUCCCAUGUCUCCUCGCCGCAGCAGGACCCCAAUCCCUCCAGAGCGCUACUCACCUCAUAGCCCCACUGAUCGAGAUGUUCCCAUGUCUCCUCGCCGCAGUAGUUCCAGCUCUGACUUCGCCAUGCAAAGAUUUGACAGGGACUCAGAGGUGUACAAGAUGAUCCAGGAGAACAAGGAGUCCCGUGCAGCACCUCGUCAGUCAAACACCUUUAAAAUGCUGCAAGAAGUCCUGGAAGCUGAUGAGAAAGAGGCAGCCCUGCGGUUCCCUGGGAAGCUUUCCCCCAACGCCCCAAAACAAAGCUCAUCUGUUGGAGGAGUCAGCAAACAGCACACCUGUGAGAAAUGUGGCACAAGCAUUGUGACACAGGCAGUGCGCAUCUCAGACAACUGCUUCCGCCACCCAGAGUGCUACACUUGCACAGAUUGUGGGCUUAACCUGAAGAUGAGAGGUCACUUCUGGAGUGGAGAUGCAAUGUAUUGUGAGAAGCAUGCCAAGGAGAGGUACCAGAGCCUAGCCAACUCCAUUCAGACCACCGUCUCCCCCCGCCAAUGAGUUGGCCCCUCCUCAUCGGAUCCACCAUGCAGUGUGCUGCUGCCUGCCUGAAACGCCACCUCAUCUGACUCGCUGAUACACCUUGACAAAAUAUUCUUGGGGGACAGACAUUUCACUUAUUUCUCAUCUUUAAUCAAGUAUUGCAAUUUAAUAAUAUACACUUUCUCGCUUUAAUUUCCUGUCUGCUGAGAAAUUUGCUGUUUUUCACUAUAUGGUUCAUACUUUAUGGUCUCUAAGUCAUUAUUUGAGGUCCCAUUAACAAGGCACAAAAGCUUUUGAAAAAGUUAAAUAGAAGGACAAUCACCAUUUGAAUUU